CAUUCUAUCGUCUUCAUAGCCAAACUGAUGGCAUUUGAGUUGAAUGACAUGCAUGAAUGAGCUAGCUUAGGCGACGGUCUGAGCGGUCCUUGGCUACGCCGGGGUUGCAAACAUGUACCGACCAAUGCCUGCUGUGCGGCUUCGAGGCAAAGCAGGAUCUGCACAGGAAGGAAUCCGUACGACUUGGGUCGGACGUGGCGCAGCCCAUGGGCCUCAAGUGCAGAGAUUUUGUUUCGUCAUGUGCGACGCCAAACCAGCAACUGAUCAUUCAACCCAGACCAGUCCAACUUGUCCCAAUAGCCGCUUCUUGUCUUCGGGGACCGUGCAAAUGUUGGCUUUAAUGUCGGCCACCCACUGUCCGAGCGGGAACUUCCACAAGUCACGAGGAAAGGCAGGGUCUUUGUCACCGACCACGAACGUUGGAGGGAUGUUCAGUUGCGGGUCGUAGGCAGACCUGUAGAUGCGGAGGCCCCACAGAUUUACGUCCCAUUUGUGCUGGUGGAGGUCCCACACAAACUUGAUCGCGUCGAGCUUCUUGACGAUCUUCGGAUGGAUUUUUCCCUUUGCUUUAGCGGUUCGAAACCCUUGGAUGUUGACUGUCCCUCCACGAAGCGUUGGUGGCCACGGUUCUCGAUCCGGGACAGUGAACAGUGCUGGCAUGCUAGUGUACACCGACGUCUUUGCCUGAUCUGCGCGAACAAGUUUGGCCAGCGCGACGAGCAACUUUUGAUUCUUGAACGACGAGUAUGGAUGC